AUGGCAUCCUUAUCGAAGGAUAGCAGUAUUCUCAUAAUAGGAGGCGGUACCUGGGGUUGUUCAACAGCUCUCCACCUCGCUCGUCGUGGUUACAAGAAUGUGACGUUACUGGAAGCACACCCAAUUCCGUCGCCAAUCUCAGCAGGCAAUGAUGUCAACAAGAUCAUGGAGGAAGGCGAACCAUCACAAGACGACACAGAAGAACAAUAUCUAUGGAACCGAAUGCAUCAAAUCACAACGAAGUACUGGAAGGAUGAUGACGUCUUCAAGGCAUUCUACCAUCCGACUGGCAUAAUCUUUAGCGCCAUAUCCGAUGAUGUGUACGAACACAUUAAAGGAUAUACCAAGGGAACAGAGAGCGAGUGGAUCUCUCUAGAGUCACCCGAAGACUUCAAAAAGACUAUGCCGGAAGGCGUGCUGCAGGGCGACUUCCCAGACUGGCGAGGCUUCUGGAAAGACCAUGGCGCCGGAUGGGUGUUUGCUCGAGGUGCAAUGAUGUCUGCUUAUGAGGAGGCUUCAAGACUGGGCGUAAGGUUCAUCACCGGCCCCUCAUCGGGAAAAGUGACAUCGCUUAUUCACUCUGACAACAAAGACACCAUCGCAGGCGCGCAGACAGCAGACGGUAUAUCGCAUCGCGCCGAUCAAACGAUUCUAUGCGCAGGAGCGAACAGUGACCUGCUAUUCGACUUUGAGCAGCAAAUUCGACCUACUGCAUGGACAUUGGCUCACGUCCCGCUUUCGGUCGAGGAAGCUGCCAUCUUCAAGGGUCUUCCAGUGUUAUAUAAUCCCGAACGUGGUUUCUCUGUUGAACCAGAUGCCGAGAAACGCGAGCUCAAGGUCUGCGACGAGCAUCCAGGGUACAUCAAUAUGGUCAACAUUGCGACUCCUGGCUACAAUGAAGGUACAAUGCACUCUCAGCCAUUUGCUCGUCAUCAAAUCCCAGUCGAGAGUGAGACACGUGUGCGUAAAUUCCUGCAGGAAGCGAUGCCUCAAAUUGCAGAUCGCGACUUCAGUUUUGCAAGAAUCUGCUGGGAUGCGGACACGAUGGAUCGUCAGUUCUUGAUUGACAGGCCGAAAGGUAAGGAUGGAUUAGUGGUUGCAGCCGGCGGAUCGGGUAUGGGAUUCAUGAUGAUGCCAGUAGUCGGACAGUUGAUAGUUGACCGACUAGAAGGUGUGAUCGAGGAGAGGCUGCAGAAUGGGUUAAGGUGGCGACCAGAGCAAGCCGUAGGGAGAGAUUGGCAGGCUAUUCAAGAUAGACAUGGUGGCGAAGGCAAGAUUAUGGACUUCCACGAUGUCAAGGGAUGGACCAGUGGACACAUGAACAAAGUCCAACUCUGA